GCGCACCCUGGCGCGCUCCUUUUUAUCCGCGUGCCCGUGGGGUUUGCCUGUGUGUCCACGCUGAGGGAUUCCAACAAGGGAGAGAAAUGCCGUCAAAAAUCAUCUUUGACACCGAGGAUCAAGACAUGGACGAAGUUGUGGACACGGUCGCGGAGGCUAAAGCCCUGAAGAACAAGACCAAGGAGGGCAAGAAACUGAAGAAGAAAAAGCAGCUGGAGGAUCAGGAAGAGACGGAGGAGCCAGACUGUGAACCUCCAGCACCAAAGAAGAAAAAGAAAAAAGACAAGCUGGUAGUGGACCAAGAGAAUGGCGACAUGGAUGAAACUACAGACAUGAACGGCAACAGUAAUGGUGUUGAAACACCAAAGAAGAAGAUUAAGAAGAACACUGAAGCAGACACAGAGAAAAAGAAGAAGAAGCAAAAGAAAGCAGUUGCUGAGGCGGAAACCAACGGACAUUCCAACCCAAACACCCCUGUUCAGACCCCCAUCCAGACACCGUCCCAGUCGAGUGACGACUCGGCCAGUGACGGUGAAAAAGAACCGGAGGAGACGCCUGAGCAGAGAGAAGGAGCCUUUUCCAACUUCAGAAUCUCCCAAGUCACUAUUGAGAAACUAAAAGCUCGGGGAGUCUCUUACCUGUUUGACAUUCAGGUGAAGACAUUUAAUCAUGUGUAUGAUGGAGAAGACGUUCUUGCCCAAGCCCGAACAGGAACAGGAAAGACUUUCUCCUUCGCCAUCCCGUUGGUGGAGAAGCUCCAGAAGGAGUCGGUGGAAAAUAAAAGAGGCCGGCCUCCUAAGGUCUUGGUUUUAGCUCCCACCAGAGAGUUGGCUAUUCAGGUCUCUAAGGAUUUCAAAGACAUCUCCAAGAGAGUCUCUAUCGCCUGUUUCUAUGGAGGCAGCUCAUACAACCCACAGAUCGACGCUAUCCGCAAUGGUAUCGAUGUUUUGGUUGGAACCCCCGGUCGCAUCAAAGACCACCUCCAGAACAAUAAACUGGACCUCUCUAAAGUGAAACACGUCGUUCUGGAUGAAGUCGACCAAAUGCUGGACAUGGGAUUUGCAGAACAGGUUGAAGAAAUUUUGGCUUCAUCGUAUAACAAAGACAGCGACUCCAACCCACAGACUCUGCUGUUUUCGGCCACCUGCCCCCCCUGGGUCUACGAGGUGGCCAAGAAAUACAUGAGACCAGAGUGUAAACAUGUUGACCUGAUUGGCAAGAAAACACAGAAAGCUGCGACAACUGUGGAACAUCUGGCCAUAGCUUGCCACUGGUCACAGCGUGCGGCGGUGAUAGGAGACGUGAUCCAGGUUUACAGCGGCAGCCACGGCAGAACCAUUGUCUUCUGUGAGACCAAGAAAGAGGCCAACGAACUCUCCAUGAAUGCAUCCAUUAAACAGAGUUGCCAGUCCCUCCAUGGUGAUAUCCCUCAGAAACAGAGAGAAAUGACACUGAAGGGAUUCAGGAAUGGUACAUUUGAGGUUCUGGUUGCCACCAACGUUGCAGCCCGUGGGUUAGAUAUCCCUGAAGUUGACCUGGUGGUCCAGUGUUCUCCACCCAAGGAUGUGGAGUCAUACAUCCAUCGUUCAGGUCGUACGGGCCGUGCAGGCAGGACUGGAGUCUGCAUCUGUUUCUACCAGAGGAAAGAAGAGGAGCAGCUGCGCUACGUAGAAAACAAAGCUGGCAUCACAUUCAGACGAGUCGGCGUUCCCACCGCCAAUGAUAUCAUCAAGUCAUCAAGCAAGGACGCUGUCAGGUUCCUGGACUCUGUUCCAGUCACAGCUAUCGGAUACUUCAGACAGUCUGCAGAGAAGCUGAUUGAAGAGAGAGGAGCAGUUGAUGCACUAGCUGCUGCUCUUGCACAUAUUUCUGGAGCCACAAGUCUAGAGCAGAGGUCACUGCUCAACUCUGAUGCUGGUUACACGACUCUGCAGCUGGUGUGUUCUCAAGAAAUGCAUAAUCUUGGUUACGCCUGGAGAACCCUCAAAGAACAGCUGGGAGAAGAGAUUGAGAGCCACAUUCAUAGAAUGACCUUCCUCAAAGGCAAAACAGGAGUUUGCUUUGAUGUCCCAGUUGACAAAAUCAAGGAGAUUCAGGAGAGUUGGACAGACGGUCGCCGUUGGCAACUGACCGUAGCCACAGAGCUCCCAGAGCUGGAGGAGAAGCAGAUGAGUAAUCGUGGCGACAGAGGCUUCGGUGGCGGUUACCGCGGUGACAGAGGAGGAGGGUUCAGAGGUGGAAGAGGCCGGAAUUUCGGGGGAAACGGUGGCCGUGGUAACGGGUUCCGGAGCGGUGGUGGUGGCUAUGGCAACAACAGAGGGGGACACAAACGCAGCUUCAGUCAAGCUUUUGAUUACUGAAGUGCCAACCUGUGGACUGAUAAGACUGGCUGUCACUCCUCUGGGCUGACAGGGGUUUUUAUUGGCUGUCAGUGAGAGGGAUAUCGAUGUAUGGCUGGUGGAAAUCUCCAUGAAUUGUAAGCUGUCUUGUAUACGGUGCAUUAAAUUACCAUUGUUGGCUUUCCAAAUAUAACAUAAACAAAACAUUAUUUCUGAGGAAUCAAUUAUACUUCCAAGUAGCCAUUUCCUAAGAGUUUAAGAUCAGAUUCUCUGUGUACAAUACCACUGGCAGCCAUUUUGUAAUGCUUGAUAUGUGCUUCUUCUAGGCGAUGCAUUAACUGAAACUCAUGAAAUGACAUGUUCUUAACAGCUGAAUUUUCACUAUACAAAUUAUUACAUUAUUCAUUUUCCAUGUCUUAAAGGGCAUAGAAUCAAAAACAUGGGCUAAUUAACCUCUGGUAAAAGUGAAGCUGUAUGUAAUGGAAUACGUUAUCCACUGAGUUUUAGGUAAUGUGUUGCUCUUUUUUUUUAAUACUGGGUGUUUGGGGAACAGUGGCAGCAAGCAGACCAAAGCCUUUGUUCAAAAUACAACUGACAAAACAACAAGUGAACAUGCUGUUAGUUACGUGACUACACUAGACAGCCCAGUCAGUGUGUAGGUGUACUGCACACACUGUCAUGUGGGAGUGUGAUGGAAAUGGCAUCGACCUUUACACUUGUGCUUAGUGUCAGUUUGCUGCCUUACCUCAGCUAAAACCUUUGUCCCCAAAAAUAUAUUGGAUGAUUGCUUUGCAAUUGCCUCUAUUUAAUUACUGUGUCUAUUGCUCUCAUUCAUUUGAAUGAAUUGACUUGUCCAUUAAAAAAAGGUCAACUCA